AUGUUGCCAGUUGAAGGUGAGCAACCAAGAUAUGCUCAGCUGUAUUUCUACGACACGCAAAACGAAGUUAAAAACCGUAUAACUGCUUUGUUUGGCCAGACCCAUUGUCACGACACAUGUGAUGAAGCAAUUGUUGCGUCCCUCAUCAGAAUGUUAGACACCCACAGUCCUUUGGCUACCGCCUUCCGCAUGGCACGUGACUGGUGCACUCAAAAUGAAAGAAAGAAUUGUCAACUACGCUUACUUGGCCAAAUAACAAACAAUCCACAAUACAACCGCCCUAAUGUGUCUGAGGUUGUUGUUCUUAUCACAAACGACUUUGGGGACAACACUGAACCACGUGAUGUUAUCGUUAGCACAAAGCGCGGCGCGCUUCAACGCAUAUCAGAAUUACAUCAGCUUUACAUGCCUUUGCAAUAUCCGUUGUUGUUUCCGUACGGAGAGACCGGGUUCCACGAACGAAUACACUACCAUGACAACACCGGACGUCGGGCGACUAAACGACAAUGUGUCACAAUGCGGGAAUACUACUGCUACAGAAUCCAUUAUCGCAAUAACGAAGGCACCACCCUGUUAAGAGGCGGUCGUUUAUUCCAACAGUAUUUAGUUGACUCAUACGCAGCUAUCGAAGAACAAAGAUUGCGCUGGAUGAGGAAUAACCAAAAUGAGCUGCGCGUUGAGCUCUAUCAUAAUGUUUGUGACGCUGUGACGCGUGGGGAUACAAAUGCUGAGGCUAUCGGGCAACGUAUAGUUUUACCGGCAACCUUUACGGGCAGUCCAAGAUAUAUGAUCCAAAAUUACCAAGAUGCCAUGGCUCUAUGCCGCACUUUUGGGAACCCCGACCUGUUUGUAACGUUUACAGCUAACCCAAAAUGGCCUAAAAUCGAAGACAUGGUGUCUCUCAUACCAGGCCAAAAGUCUCAUGACCGUGCAGAUGUUGUAUCACGCGUUUUUAAGCUAAAGCUAACCUCCUUGAUUGAAGAUAUUAUGAAGAAACAAAUCUUUGGUAGCUGCCAAGCAGCUGUUUAUACAAUUGAGUUUCAAAAACGAGGCCUACCGCACGCGCACCUUUUGUUGUGGCUUGAACAUUCUGCCGAGUCUCGCACACCGGCUGGCAUAGAUGAUUUGAUUUCUGCAGAGAUCCCAUCGGAAAUUGACGAUCCAUCCGGCUAUAAGGCUGUAACAGAUUACAUGUUGCACGGCCCAUGUGGGAACGAUGCGCGCAGUGCUCCGUGUACAACAGAUGGAAAAUGCAUGAAACACUUUCCGAAACCAUUUUACCGAGAAACAAUAAUUGACGAAGACGGCUACCCGGUUUAUCGCCGACGAGAUACCAAGAUCUUCUUUAAGAAGGGCAAAACGAAGCUUGACAACCGGUUUGUCGUCCCAUAUAACCGCUACCUCCUCUUAAAGUAUGAAUCGCACAUCAAUGUGGAAUGGUGCAACCAAUCCUGA